GACGUGGCGGAGGGUGGGAGACUCAGACCGUGUUUGUGUUUUGAGAGAGAGAGAGACAGAGAGAGAGACAGACAGAGAGAGAGAGUGUGUGAGAGAGAGACUUGGUUCCUUUAUGUGUUGUUCUUUAACAUCUCUCCGCUGCCCUUACAUCAUUGAUUCGUGGUGAUCAUAACCCGAGCCAAGUCUGAUACAGGACCCAAGGCGAUCUGUUUAGAUGGCCAAUCGCGGAGGAGCUACGAGACCCAAUGGGCCUAAUUCGGCAAACAAGAUUUGCCAGUUUAAGUUGGUCCUGCUCGGGGAGUCUGCGGUUGGCAAGUCCAGUCUUGUGCUUCGCUUUGUCAAAGGACAGUUCCAUGAGUUUCAGGAGAGCACAAUAGGAGCUGCGUUUCUGACCCAGACCGUCUGUCUGGAUGACACGACGGUGAAGUUUGAGAUCUGGGACACGGCCGGCCAGGAGCGUUACCACAGCCUGGCACCCAUGUAUUACCGGGGCGCACAGGCCGCCAUCGUAGUCUACGACAUCACCAACGAGGAGUCCUUUGCUCGGGCUAAGAACUGGGUAAAGGAGUUGCAGAGACAAGCAAGCCCCAACAUUGUGAUUGCCCUGUCGGGUAACAAGGCUGACCUCGCCAGCAAGAGAACCGUAGACUUCCAGGAAGCCCAGUCGUAUGCAGAUGACAACAGUUUACUCUUCAUGGAGACGUCAGCCAAGACCUCUAUGAAUGUGAACGAGAUCUUUAUGGCUAUCGCUAAGAGAUUGCCCAAGAGCGAGCCGCAGCCGGUUGGGGCGACCGGCGGGCGUAACCGGGGUGUGGACCUGACGGAGGCAGCACAGCCGGCCAAGGCCCCGUGCUGCAGUACCUAACGUGUUACAGCUGCCGCUGCCGCUGCCUAACUCCCAUCCAACACUCCUCUCGUCUAGUUGUAACUAACGCGACCCCCAUUUUCCUCUCCUUCUCAUCCAUCCAUGACCCAAAACGCCUCUGCACAGUUCCCAACCUGACUCGUCUGAGUCGUCUUUCCAACGAUGGUCUGCACACAAGUCCUUCCAAACUCUUCUCUGCAGUAACCAUUGCAAUGGCCCGACUGUGAAUUCAAAAAAGUGCACCCCUUCAGCUUUUCCAUCCCUCUCUCUCCCUCACCCUACCAGUGUCUUUCGAUUGUUUGACUGUUGCGUUUGGAUAUUGGCUCCGCCCUUGCCUUCUCUCUUACCUGUCUGUUUGUAAUCCCAGGUGGAGCUGAGAGGCAAGGCACUGCUUAUUUUCUCCAAUAUAAUUGUAACUUUUUGGUUUGGUAAGAAGAGUUAACGCAUGUAUAUUUAGGAGUGCUGAAGUGAAAAGAAAAUGUAACAUCUUUGAACUCUUGAGAAAAAAAAAAAAAGGAAAAUUAUGAAAUACCUCUUGGCUUUAAAGUGCUCUCAACAGAAUGGGAACAUUUUUUUAAAAUCCAAGACUUGCCCACCGAUGUCUGGACAGACGCGGCACCAGGUUCUCCUGUUCUGCCUGCCGAGAUCAAACAUAGCACAGGGGUCCCCGGACCCUCCUUCCUAAUGCCUUCACCAGCCCAUCCAUAAGGAUCCAUCCAUUCCCCUCUUGUGUCUGCUUCCAUGGUCCCUAGUGGAGUUGUGCAAUGUCUCGCAGUGUUCCUCACUCUGACUUCAGUGUCUGCAAGGACCCUUAAGAUGUGACAUGAUCCCCCCCCCUCAAAUAUCAACCUCUCUCGCACAUGCUUGCACUCUUUCAAGAGACACAGGGAGUCCUUGAGUCUCACACCCAUGCAGUGACGGCAUCUGCUUGUCUCCUAAUUAUGCAACCCCACUUAUCCACCGGUAGUUAGGAGAGGAGUGUACGACAUGCACACCUUGCAUCGACCGCUUUCCAUAAUUCUCCUCUAGACAGGUUCUGUAAUGGGGGUCAGGCUGUUCACACAAGAGGCUCGACCGUUACUUGUCUCCAUAAUUUCUCCUUAAGCAGACCUUGGCUUGUUUUCUGACGAGUUCCUUGAAGUGUGCAUCUUUUUUUUGCUGCCUGGUAAGAUGAUGACUAGGAUGGUGUUGAGGCUUUGGGCAUAUUCCUACUUUGAGUCGAAAAUAAGUUGUGAUUUUCUUUUUUCUUUUUAUAGAAGGUGCUUUAGACACUGCUGUGUGCCACCAUAUGCAGGGGUGACCUGGGAUGUUCAUAUGGUAAUUACUUACACACACACGCACUGACACGCGCACAGCCAUUUGCACAUGCAGAUCCAACAUGGAGACCGUAGAAACCCCUACCCUUCCUCUUCAAUCCAUUUUGAGACACCUUUGUACAUAACACAUGCAUAAAUAAACAUACACACCCUGUUAUCUAUAUAUAUAUAUAUAUAUAUAUAUAUAUAUAUAUAUAAUUGUGCACAAACCUGCAUUCGUUUCCUGCAUUCUUCUCCCCCCCACCCCCCACACUGUUACAUUAGACACACAAAAUAUCCAGUCAGUAACCUUUUUGAACGGUUUGUCUUACUCAUGCCUUGCACUAAUGACGCUCAUGGAUAUAUCUUGUCAUAAUUACAGCCAGUGUGAUAUAAAUAUAUAUAUACAUAUAUAAAUAAUAUACUGUAAAUAGGGUGUUGCAAUGUAGUCUACUUUUUUUUCCAAUUUGCAAUUGAUAGGACUAAUGCUUGCUAGGGAGUUGUCCGGAAGUUCAUUGAAAAAAUGUAAUACUUGUACAGUUUGUGGUUAAAAAACAAAACCGGUUUGGUCUAGGUGUGGAGUUUUGUUGCGAUUAUUAUUUUUUUUCCCCACACAAAUGGUUAAA